UUGAAAAAACCCAGUGUGAACAGUGUAACUUCUGCUGUGAACUCGCUGACAGCCUGUUGAGUGACUGGUGCGUUAGAAGGCGGAUGGGAGGCGGAGGAGUGCGUCCAAUGGCGCGGCUGAGGAGGCGGUGUGUGAUGACAGAGGGAGGCGGGCUGCAGCAGCCAGCUGUUGGAGAGCAGCGCUCCUCAACCAUCCGCUCCUACCGCACCUGGUGAAUAUCUGCAUCAGCGCCACGACACACACAACACAGCGCAACUCUCCAUCCAGACACCUCUGCGUUUAUACGGCAACAAGAGAGAAGGAGCUCGAGAGCAGGUGUCACAGCGGCAGAAAAAAUGGGAAGAAAGAAAAUACAAAUUUCUCGUAUUCUGGACCAGAGGAAUAGACAGGUGACUUUCACCAAGCGUAAGUUUGGUCUGAUGAAGAAGGCAUACGAGCUGAGCGUGCUGUGCGACUGUGAGAUCGCCCUCAUCAUCUUCAACAGCACCAACCGUCUGUUCCAGUACGCCAGCACAGACAUGGACAAAGUGCUGCUCAAGUACACAGAGUACAGCGAGCCACACGAGAGUCGCACCAACACGGACAUACUGGAGACUCUGCGUAGGAAAGGUCUCGGCCUCGACGCCUCAGAGCUCGACAGUGAGGAGAGCAUGCAGGUGGCUGCAGACAAAUAUCCUCUCAGCGAGGGCAUGGAUCUCUCUGUGGCUCGCCAACGCUUCUAUGCUCCAUCCCUCCUCUCACCGGAGUCUCAGUUCUUGGUGUCUGCAGGCUGUGAGAACGGCUUCCCCAACUCAUCCGGAUCCAGCAUGGUGUCCCACAGACCUCCGGGCUUUAAAUCUCUGAGCUCCAGACCCGGAUCUGCCAGCCCUGCUGCGCCUCACACACACACUGCAUUCAUGUCCCCACAUUCAGGUAUCGGCUACUCCGUGUUCUCCCACGGCAACCUGAAUCGAGCUCUGGACAUGAAAAGCCCUCCUCCUCUGAACCUGGGCAGUGAGAACCUGCGGGGAGAUGCUGCUAACCAGGGCAUGGGGGCUGCACGCUCUAACCACAACUCUGCUAGGGGCGUGUUGUACCAGGGCCUACACAGCAGCAGCUCCAUGGUAGCCAUGGGGAAGGCAGGGCUGCUGGGUCACAGUUUGGGAGGUUAUGGCCUCCCAUCUGCUGGAGCCUCUGAGUACAGCCAACCUGGCUUUUAUCACUCUGUUAGUCUACAACGAGGGGCAGUGAACCCCUGGCAGCCAGCACAGCCGCCUCAGGAGCCUCAUGGGCCUCAUGGGCCUCAUAUAAGUCCAGGGAUGUCCAGUGGAGGGUGCUCCUUCCCCUCUCAGUCCUGCUCCUCACCCUCUCCACACCUGCCCUCCCUCAACCUCAGCAUCAAAUUGGAGCGGAGCUCUCCCGAGCACAUGUCCUCCCCCACCUCCCCUCCUCUGCACCACCUCAGGCAGCACUCUCCAAUGAGCAACCCCGACUCGGCUCGCCAAACUCCUCCAGAAGGCCGCCCGGCCAAUGAGACCAAGGAGUUUCCUAAAGCCGGCUACCCACAAGACGAAGAGGAAGGAGGGCAGCCGCUCAGGCAGUUAGAGAUAAGUGAUGGGUGGCAGAGAUAGCUGGCUGCUGCAGUCUAAUACCAUCUCCUAUUCAUCAGCUAUCCUCCAUCAAAACCAGUCCUCUCAUACACACACACACGUACACACACACACACACACACACACACACGUACACACAUACACAGAUAUAUAUAAAAGAGAAGAUAGCGAGAUGGGGUGGAUUUGUCCCCAUCAUCCCAGAGAGGAAUGCCUCUCUUUGUCUCCUCACACAGAGCUGGUCUCUCCUGGCCGAUGGAGAAUUUUCUCUGCAUCAUUUGAUCGAUCCCACGAGACAGAUGCAUACAGACAUUUUGCUUUUUGUUUGGUUAGGUUUAGUUUUCUGUGUGGAGCUAAUGUGAAUCAAAAAUUUUGAAUUGUGUUUCGUUUUGUUUUUCCGUGACUUUGUUCAAGUGGGCAGCAGCAGCACAUUGGGACCAGCUGAAUUUCUCCAAAGCUGCAAAAAAUCAUCAAAGUACAUAUUUGGCUUAACCAACGGCCUUGUUGUUUGACUGAAGUUUGGUGUGAAAUAUUGGUUAACAGCUGUAAAAGUACCCUUCACUGUCUUUGUAUAAAUGUUGCAGUGAAAAGCAGAUGGAAAAUGACUCAUCACAGCAGCCAGAAUAAACCACUUAGUCUUUGAGAACAGUCAACUUUUACACCGUGUGCCCCUCUUGAUAGCUUUAAUGUUUUAUCCUUUAGCCCAAAAUCCCUGAAUAUGGUCUUCCCACAUAAACUGGAGCCUUGGCCUUUUAUGAAUUUCACCAGGACAUAAGAUAGAAUAUAAUAUAUUUUUGGGGCAUUUUAUAGCUUUAUUGAUAGUAGACAGAUAUGCAGAGUGAGGGGGGGUUGCGGGGGAGGGCUCCGAGCUCUGUGCUAUGCUCUCUACCAGGUGUGCCACCAGGAACGCCCCACUAGGACAUUUUGUGUAAAAAAAAACAACAAAAAAUAAAAUAGAGAUAAAUACAAAUAUAAAGCAAUCAGCUGGAGAAACAUGAAUGGAAGGUUAUGUCAUGUAUUUAAAAAAAAUAAAGCCGUACAGUUUCUGCUCCUUCGCAUAUUUACAGCAUGUCAUUAUGAGUAGCCAAAUAUACAUUAGACACACCAGCAUAGACAGCCACAAAAACUAACAAACAGAGCUGUCUUACACAAAAACAACCAUAACAACAAGAACCACAGGGGGUAGGCCAUAUCAUACAUAAAUAAAAUAAAUUAAAAAAGAGAAAGCAUAGAUGAUACAUAGAGAUAAGGGGGGGGACAGUAUCCAUAGCAGCAUCAUAUUAUCUCACUUAUGGUCCAACAGGCCCUUCAACACAAUGGCAGUUCGUCUGGUACCAAUAUAAGUCAGGAAUGGGGACCAGAUUCUAUAGAAAGCAUCAGUCAUACAUCUGGACCUAUAUAUUAAGUAUUCCAUGGGUAUUCCACAUAAAAUUUUUCUUUAUGCCAUCCAGCUAUUGUGGGUUGUUUACAGUCUAUCCACUUCAGCCACUAGGGCAUUUUAAAGGAUCAAUUCACAUUUUUAAGUCUGUCUUAAAACAAUUCUACUCAUUCAUUUAAGUUGUUCCUCCUGUCCAUAUUGGCAUUGGAAAUAGAGAUGAUAUACAUUCAAUUUUGUAGUUUAAAAAGAAGUUCAUAACCUGUAGUUUAUGCACACCUGAGGGUAAGAAAGCCUGAGGUGAGUUAAUAUUAUUAGCUGUGAGCAAAUCUAACUGACAUCACUAUUAUUGACACAAAAACAACAAAAUUCUGACCCUUCAGACAUUGUUCUUAUUAUUAUUAUUCCUUUAAUAAAUAAUAAUAAUAAUAAUAAUAAUAAUAAUUUAUUUUGUGUGGGUUGUACUGGGUUGUUAUUAUUCUAUUAAUAAUAAUAGAAAAAAUAAUACAACUAUUAGAUAUUAAGACAUUAUAAAAUAUAUAAUAUAUAUUAUUAUUAAGUUUAGUUCAUAUUUUUAUUCUAUUUUUAAAUAUUAUAAUAUAUUCUUGUAUUAUUAUAAUGAAAGAAAAUCUUUUUUGUCCAUCUCUAACUGAACAUUAGACUCACAUUCAGUAGGGGAUCUCUGUUUACUUGUAAAUAUGGACAUGCAGAUAUUGUUUAAAGACCGACUUAAAAUGAAACAUGAACGUACCCUGUAAAAUUGUAGGCGUCAGUGUCUCUCAGGGACUUGGAAGAUGCUUUCUUUGUUAGGCUGUAA